CUGUAUUGCUGCCGCCUCUGCAUCUGGAGAGCCCACGGAUACAACCAAAGCAUCCUGCUGGUUGACCCAGGAAAGCCCUGACUCAGCACGGCCCAGCCAGGGUUACAGCCAGCAGCAGCCAAAACACUGAGCCGGAGACAUGAGACACAGGCCAACUCCAAACACAACCAGGAAGAGGAAGGCUUCACUAAGCCACCCCUGGGACAACACAAAGAGCACAGAGGGGUAUAAAAGGGCAGCUGCCAGGAUCCACACUCACACACACAACUCACUCACUCACACACUCACUCACUCACUCACUCACACCUCCCCAGCCCGACCCCGCCAUGGCCGCCUCCACCAUGUCCGUCUGCUCCAGCGCUUGCACCGAGCCCUGGCAGGUGGACGACUGCCCAGAGAGCUGCUGCGAGCCCUCCUGCUGUGAGCCCAGCUGCUGCCAGCCCAGCUGCUGCACCUCAGCCCCCUGCCUGAGCCUCAUCUGCACCCCAUGCUGCCAGUCAGGCUGUACCAGCUCCACCUGCCAGCCGGCUUGCUGCUCCUCCUCCUGCCAGCCUUCCUGCUGUGUGCCCGCCUGCUGCACACCUGUCUGCUGCACACCUGUCUGCUGCAAACCUGUCUGCUGCACGCCUUCCUGCUCUGGUGCCUCCUCCUCCUGCUGCCAGCAGUCUAGCUGCCAACCAGCUUGCUGCUCUUGCUCUCCCUGCCAGUCAUCCUGCUGCAUACCUGCCUGCUGCACACCUGUGUGCUGCAAGCCUGUGUGCUGCACACCUGUGUGCUGCAAGCCUGUCUGCUGCAAGCCUGUCUGCUGCAAGCCUGUUUGCUGCACACCUGUCUGCUGCACACCCACCUGCUCAGGUGCCUCCUCCUCCUGCUGCCAGCCAGCUUGCUACUCCUGCUCCCCCUGCCAGCCAUCCUGCUGUGUGCCCGUCUGCUGCAAGCCCGUCUGCUGCACACCUUCCUGCUCCUCCGUGUCCCUGCUCUGCCGCCCCGUGUGCAGACCCUCCUGCUGUGUGCCUGCCUCCUCCUGCUGUACCUCCUCCUGUGAGCCCAGCUGCUGCCGCCCAUCCUCCUGCGUGUCCCUGCUCUGCCGUCCCACCUGCCCCCGCCCGGCCUGCUGUGGCCUCUCCCUGGGCCAGAAGUCCUGCUGCUGAUUGGCCUCAUCCCGCAGGGCCGGCAGGCUCCAGUCUCCAUGUUAUACCUUUAUUCACACCAACUCCAUGCUCCAGUCUUCAGUUGCCCUGAAACCAACUCUGACUUGACCCUUCAUCCUUGGACCUUUUCAGCCCCAGAAUUCCCACCCCUACCGUGCAGGCUGUGCUGAGCCCAGGACCCUGGCAGCUCCCAGCGUCCUCUGAGCUGUAGCUUCCCAAACCCUAUUUUGCAUCCAGGCUGGCUGGUGGUUACUGAGUCCUCCCCACAGGAUGACCUGCCAUGUGCAAACAGUCAGCCCUGUGCCCUCCCCCAGGUCCUUUGCACACCUGGCAAACCAUGCAGAGCUCGGACGUGGCAGGGGUAUCACUUUGGGCUCCUGGCCUUGAGCUGCGCCCAGGCUGAUUAUGCCACAGACAAGGCCAGCCGUCCCCUCCCAUGGUGCCUGGCUCGCUCUUGAUAAUCAUCCCUGCCAGCCCCGUGUGGGGAGCCUGUCUGCCAUGGAGACUCCCGUGCAGGAUCCCUGUGACAGUCAGGGACAGAGGGGCCUGCUGCCCGCUGGCCCUUGGCCCAGGUCUUCUGUGUGCCCUACACUGCAAGUCCCUGGACCCCAGCCAGCUCUCCAGCAUCCCUCGCCCCUCCCUCUGCCCUCUCUUCCCCCGCCCACUAUCUCUGUUACCCCAUAAAAUAAAUAUUCUCAUCCCUGGAAGACAAUGCCGAUCUGGUCUGUUUCGUGACUAUCUGAAGACAGUUUCUUUGUGACCUCUGUGUGGGAUUUUCAACACCUGAUGUCUCCACGAUGUGUUUUUGUUUUCUGCAGUUUCUGCCAUUCUUGCUCCUGGCCUUGUUCCCUUGUGUGCUUCGUUACUUUGGCCACGGAGCUGUCCUUGCUUUGUGAGGGCGUCGGCACGCUGGCCCUCCCUCCACCUUAGUUUCCAUCCUCU